AUCUCUGCCUGAUUUAAUGAUUCUAUAAUAGAAUAAGUCUUCCUCAAGGUCUAUCUCCUAAGUUCUAUCUAGCCCAUUGACCUUGGUGUGUGGUAUAUAAGCGAAGCAAAGGAUUCUCCCUGCCCUCAGCUUGGAUCCUGGGAGCAUUCCACCAAUCCUUCAACCUAUAUGUGAGUGGAUCUCUAGCCUAGACUGAUUUUUCCUUACAGAGAGAGUGACUAUAGGGCUUCAAGGAUUCUUUUUUUCCCCAAAGAAUUGUCUUUCAAUCUUCCUUUCUCUAGAAAAGUCCUUCCUAAUCUUUUCUCUACACAGUCCUUUUUUUUUGUAAACUAAAGAUUAAUAACAUUAUCAUUUCACUCCAUGCCUUCCUCUCUCUCAAACUUGGACAUGAGGAGAAGGGGGGUGGUCUCAAUCCAAUUUGUACUUGGUUAUCAUGUUAGCAUUUGCUCUGUUUGUUUGGAACCAAGAGGCUCUGGGUACUUAAUAGCAGAUUAAGCAGUCAAGCUCUGGAUAAGAAGUUAAGACCCCAUUAGCUCCUGCCCUACCAUUUAUGCCAACUGAUUAUUCUGUUUACUGAGUCUGGCAGGAGAAUAUGUGGAGGAGGGGAGAUAGCCCACUCUGGAUGCAUAUAUAUAUGAGAGUCCCCAGUGGUUCUCUUCAGCUCAGAGUGGACCUCAGGAGGUAGUAACAGUUGUUUCUACUGUUUGGCGAAGAAAUCAACCAUGAUGAAGUGGCUAAUCAUUGCCCUUGUCUGCCUCCAUUUUUCAGAGGCAGACAAGAUAAUCAAGGUCCCUUUGAAGAGGUUCAAGUCCAUGAAGCAAGUGAUGAAAGAGAAGGGUGUGCUUCAAGACUUCUUGAGAAAUCACAAGUGGGACCCUGCCGCCAAAUACUUCAACCAGUUUGCUGUUGGUUAUGAGCCCCUGGCCAAUUAUAUGGAUAUGUCUUACUAUGGGGAGAUCAGCAUCGGGACCCCACCCCAGAACUUCCUGGUCCUGUUUGACACUGGCUCCUCCAACCUGUGGGUGUCCUCCAUCUAUUGCCAGAGCCAGGCCUGCACAAACCAUCCCCAAUUCAACCCCAACCAGUCUUCCACCUAUUCCAGCAAUGGACAGACCUUCUCUCUUCAGUAUGGAACAGGGAGCCUUACUGGAGUCUUUGGCUAUGACACUGUGACAAUCCAGGGCAUCUCCAUCACCAACCAGGAGUUUGGCCUGAGCGAGACUGAACCUGGCACCAGCUUUGUGUAUGCCCAGUUCGAUGGGAUCCUGGGCCUGGCCUAUCCUUCCAUCAGUUCUGGUGGGGCCACCACUGUCAUGCAGGGUUUGCUGCAAGAGAACCUGAUCAAUGCCCCUGUUUUUGCCUUCUACCUUAGUGGGAAUGAAAAUUCAAACAAUGGUGGUGAAGUCACUUUUGGGGGAGUGGACACCAGCAUGUUCACUGGAGACAUCUACUGGGCACCUGUCACUCAGGAAGCUUACUGGCAGAUUGCCAUUAAUGGGUUCUCCAUUGGAGGCCAGGCUACCGGUUGGUGCUCUGAAGGUUGCCAAGCUGUUGUGGACACUGGAACUUCCCUCCUCACUGCCCCCCAGCAGAUUUUCUCUGAGUUGAUGCAGUACAUUGGAGCCCAGCAGAAUGAAAAUGGAGCUUACUUGGUCAGUUGCAGUAAUGUCCAGAACAUGUCCACCAUCACCUUCAACAUCAAUGGUGUAAACUUCCCCCUUCCUCCCUCUGCCUAUGUCCUUCCGAGCAACAGCAACUACUGCGAGGUGGGGAUCAUGCCCACUUACCUGCCUUCCCAGAAUGGUCAGCCUCUCUGGAUCCUUGGAGAUGUUUUCCUCAGGAACUAUUAUUCUGUCUACGACCUUGGCAACAACAGGGUGGGCUUUGCCAACCUCGCCUAAGCUCCUCUUCCAGAUUAUUUUCAUCUCCCUGGCUCUUGGUCUUCCCUCCCUUUCUGUCUCUCCUGAUGGAUUCUGGAUCUUCAUUGUGGGUUCUGAGAAUCUAUAAAUAAAAAUCAUUC